UAAUAGCGCAAGCUGGAGCUGGUGUGGGCCUUCUUCAGAUGUGUGUGGAGCCUGAAGGUCGGAGUGCUGCGUGUGUGCGUGUGUGUGUGUGUGUGUGUGUGUGUUUCUUCUCCAGAUAGGCUACUGAGGCGGCAUUAGCUUGAGCAAGGCAUUUCUUCCUACCCCGACAAACCUUCAGGGGGCUUUUAGCAUUUGUUCAGUCUGCAGUCUCUGGAAAACAUCUGAUUCAUUUUUUAACCAGUCCCAGAUGCGGCAGCGUGAGAGUGUGUGUCUGAGCGCGUCAGAGUGAGUUUGUCAGUGCAUGGGAAUUUGGGGAGAAUAUCUGCUGUCUAAAGAAGGGGAGGGAAAGAAGAAGCGUGUGGAUUUAAAAAAAAAAAAAAAAAAAACUUUUUUAGGUAUGAACGCAGCGUGCGUCUCAUACUGCGAGAUGACCUCGAUGGAUUCAUAUUAUAGCACGUCUACUGCGCAAGGUAGGGACCAGGCGAACCCGUUCAGGACUUUCCAGACUACUGAAACCAAAUACAGCCCCACGUUCAUUCCGGGUAAAGGACAGGCUUACGGAGAGAAGUCCCGGAGUCCGUUCCAGCCGGAGUGCCAGUCCUUGGAUGGCGCUGAGGAGGGCUCCUUCAACAAAUACCAGCUCUUCAUGCAGCGACCGACGUGCAAAACUCCGCCCGAAGGAAGCAAGCUGCACCCGGACAGCGGACACAACGGGACGCUCAUUCCCUGCUAUGGAAAAGACAACAGCGGCCUGACAGAGUCUGAGCUGACCCAGAGUGUCGACUCGUCUGGGAUGGAAGGCAGCUAUCUGAACCUAAAGGCACCUGGCGACAAGGGGCUGAGCGAGCGGCCGGGCUCUGACCUCUCGAGCCCUCUGGACAAAAGUGAGGCCGAGAGCAACAAAGGCAAGAAGAGACGCAAUCGCACCACCUUCACCAGCUACCAGCUCGAGGAGCUGGAGAAGGUUUUCCAGAAGACACACUACCCAGAUGUUUAUGCCCGCGAGCAGCUGGCACUGAGGACAGACCUGACAGAGGCUCGUGUACAGGUGUGGUUCCAGAAUCGCAGAGCCAAGUGGAGGAAGAGGGAGCGUUAUGGCCAGAUGCAACAAGUCCGGACACACUUCUCAACCGCUUAUGAGCUGCCUCUACUGACUCGGCCCGAGAACUAUGCACAGAUCCAGAACCCUUCGUGGAUUGGGAGCAGCAGUGGAGCAUCUCCAGUGCCGGGUUGCGUUGUGCCUUGUGACUCAGUCCCCUCCUGCAUGCCGCCUCACCCUCACGGUCCCGGAGGAGUCUCUGACUUCCUGGGUGUGCCCGGUCCAGGGACCAGCCAAAUGGGACAGACACAUAUGGGCAGCCUUUUUGGGGGUCCUGGGAUGGGCGGGGGAAUCAAUGGCUAUGAUCUCAAUCUUGAUCCAGACCGCAAGUCUUCCAGCAUAGCUGCGCUGCGUAUGAAGGCCAAGGAACACAGUGCAGCCAUCUCUUGGGCUACAUGAUGUCUCAGCCCAGUUCCACCCUGCCCCCAUGGGCUUUUUCUGGAGCAGCCAUCAGUGAGCGCUGUGUGUGUGUGCGGUGGGGGGGGGAGGAGUUUUCCUGAGAGCACUAAUGACAACACAGGCCAAAUGAACAGGGAGGACUGUGGAGAUUACAGAGGCCAUUAGAGCGGUCAACACAACCAAGAUUAUAACUGUGGUUGUGACAGUCAGCAGAUGCUGAAAGUGAGAGAAAUACCGAGGUGUGACUUAGAAGAAGAUGUUACUGAGACGUGUUCAUUCUCAAAUCCUAGAUCUCUCAGGUCUUAUUUGAAAUUUCGGGGUUUGUUCUAUAAUUCAUAAUAGUAAUCAGUUUCAGAAAAAUGAAAUAUGGUUUACAAAAUAGUAUCAUAGAAUGCAAAAAUUCAGUGCCAUAGCCAGCCAUAUCAUAAAGCAUUUUAAUUUACAGAAGUAAGAUUGGUUCACGUUUUAAUUCCUUUAGCUUUUUUUUUUUUUAAACCACCCGUCCUGCCCCACUCCUUUUGUUUGUGUCAAUUUAGAGUUGGCUCUCAUAUACUUGAGUUCAAUUGCAUAUCAAAAUCAGCCAUUUUUAAAACAAGGCAAAGCUUGGAUGGAUACCAAGCUCUGAGAGUUUAUCUGUCACUUGCCAUUUGCAAACUCUCCUUUAAAGCAAACAAUAAUUGGUUACAAAAGAAAAACAUUAAAUUUGUUGAAGCCUGUGGUGGAUAGUUUGUCCCUACAAAGAAGGACAGAGGUUGAAUGCAGUAAGUGAACAGUAAUUGAGCAGACCUGGCCUGUGCCAAUUAUUCUGGGAUUGGCAGCAAUUCCAAACCAACGUGUCAUUUCCUCCCACAGGGGUGCCUCCACAGGUUCCCCUGCUAGGCUCAGGCCUCAGGUUACAGGAAACACUGUCUCCACUGGCAGACAAGGCGCAGAAAUGCACAGCAGCAGCCUUCAACACCAACUAGCUACGCCAACUUCAAUCAGCAACCAACAGCAAUAGACACACUUAACUAGCAUCAAAAUGAGACGUCGGGGCCUGCAAACACCGCAGUACAUCACAGCGUACACGGUGAGUACAUUACUGCACACGCAGUUCCACACGCUGUUAUAAUCAAUUCAUCGUUAGAUGUGGGCUCAGCACAGAGGACUCUUGAAUUUGUAGCUCGCUCACAGAAUCUGUCACAUGCCAGAGACUGCAGGCCAAAUCAGUGGCUCCAAUCGUCCCGAAGAGCACCCCAUCACGUUUAGGAAAUGUGAUGACUUUAGAGCUGGACUGCAGGAAUGUGGUGAAUACGUCCCGUGAUUGCAGGGGUGUCUCUGUGUGUUAUCCCGCCGGAAUAGGCUUGUCACCAGAGCUGGGCUGCUGGCUGAGGCAAGAGACGGGCUUCAUUAGUCUUUUAGCUGAUCUUUCUCUGACGCCCACUGGGCUCCGUAUCUGCUUUCUUUCCCAGGUAAGGAUAAUGGCAAGAGAGUCCAUUUCUGCUCCUCAAAGCUGGAUGAUCAUUGUAAGAUAUGAGUGCCCAUUCCAGCCCUCUCACUUGAGAGAAGGACUGCAAUUAUCAACUAUUUUCAGUAUUGAUAAGAUCAAUUGGUCAAUUAAUUGCUUGGAGUGUAAAAUGCCAGAAAAUUGUGAGGAAAUGCUCAAAAUCAAUUAAGACCCAAACAUGACUUCUUCACAUCUUGUUUUGUUGCCCCAAAGCCCAAAAAAUAUUUAGUUUACUAUCACAUAUGAUAGAGAAAAGUGUAUGUCUGGAACCAGAUAAUUUGCCAUUUUUGCUUGAAAAUAUAUUUAAAAUGAUUAUGAAUAUAGUUGAUUUAAUGUUCUGUCUACCCUUUGUGUAGCUCUACAAUUCUUCCUUUCAAUUGUACAAAGAAUUGCAAAGCUUUCCUAUUUUCAUAUUUAGAAAAAAGCUUUAAAAUCCAUGUCAUCCAGUGUUAAAAUAGAAUUUUGAUGCCUUCAAAUCAAACCCUUUCCUGUCAACAGCGGGUAAAUGAGGUGACAUCAUGAUGUUUACUUUGACAUGAGAGUUUAUGCUAUUAAUAUAUUCUACACAGAGGAGUUUACUGGCCGAACUUCAACAAAUAGCAUUGAAUGAACAAACAUCUCUAAAAUUGAGAAAGGAAAAGAUAUUUUGAAUUCACUUUAGACUUUGAUAGAUGUGAGGACUUAAUGUUAAAAAAUUAUCAAACAAUUUCAAGAUAAAACAGAAUGUGGUCACAAAAUAUAUUGCAAGACUACAUGUGACUGAAAUCCUACUUUGUAGAGUUGAGUUUGUGUUCUCGCUGGUCCUCCCUCAGUUAACUCCUUUGCAGCUCCGUCCAUGUUGAUACUACUGAAAUAAAACAAUUGAAAUCCAUAGUUAUGUUGUAUUGCGUGAAUGUGCUUGUACAUUUGUUUUGCUUGUUUGUUGAAUUAUGGACCUCCAGAGAUUAACCAUUGAAGUAUUGCAAAAAAAACUGUAAAAUUAUGUUUUGUGUGUUAUUUUGGACAUUUAAGUUGAAAUUUCUUUCCAAUUGUCUUAUGGCUUUAAGCAGCAUUUUGUAUAUUAAUCAAGGAUUUCUACUUUUGAUUGUGACUUUGUAUAAUGUACCAUUGCAAUAAGUUAUUGCACUUACAGUGUUGGAGAAGCUUUUUUUAAUUUUUAACUUCCACUGGGACAGUGGUUUUCUUUGCUAAAGCCAGAGGUCUGUGGUUUUGUGACCCAACAGUUGAGAACUGUCUCCUAAUUCUGUCUAUAUUUAGCAGCAUGAACAGCAUCACAUCUGUUAAGGUGCUUGAUAUUCAUUUGUACAGAAGUAACUUUCUGUUUCUGAUGAUGAUGGUUUUGAAGUGAUGUUGAAAUAAAUGAAUCUCCAACAGUUGAA